UAAGGUUAAGCAUCAUUUUCUUUCUCUCUGUUUCAGAAAACUCUUCGCCAUUACGCGCGCUUCCGACGGUAUGCGGUGCGUGUAACCCACGCCGUCCCCUACUCUGCUCAAAUGCAAAACCUCAAAACUGAGAGUCUUGUAGCUUCAAAUCCUUGUUCUUUCCGUCGGAAAAAAUGGGCAUGAGUUCUGAGACUCCAUUACCAUUUUGUGUUAUUUGGAGAAUGUUGUUUCUUAUGAGUAUGGCGUGGUUUUGUUGUAGUAAAUUAACAACACAAAAGCACGAUUCGGAGUAUAUAUCAGCCAUAGGAGAUCCAGGAAUGAAGAACCCAAAUGUGAGAGUUGCAUUAGAAGCUUGGAACUUCUGCAAUGAAGUAGGAUUUGAGGUACCCAACAUGGGAAGCCCAAGGAUUGCCGAUUGUGCUGAUCUCUACUGCCCUCUCCUCACUGACACCUUGGGUGACGGCUUUCUCAGUAAUGGGAGCAAGUGUGAAGUUCAUCAGAAAGUGAAGGAUUCUGAUAACAGCUUAGCAGCAGGUGAUAAGUUUCCUGUUAUGGAAUUCAAAUCAUAUGAAAAUCCAGAUUUGUAUGCAGUGGAGAAGGAACUUUACUUGGGUUCUCUAUGUGAGGUUCAUGAAGCCCCAAGACCUUGGCAGUUUUGGAUGAUUAUGCUAAAAAAUGGAAACUUUGACAAAAACACUACACUUUGUCCUGAAAAUGGCAAGAAAGUAAGCAAAAUAAUAACGGACAGAAACUUUCCAUGUUUUGGUGAAGGUUGUAUGAAUCAACCACUUAUAUACCAUAAUCACUCCAGUCUGGUUUCAUUUAGUGACCAAUUAUACUCCUUGAGUGGAGGAUUUUAUGGUACAUAUGAUCUUGAUGCUGACUUGAGCAAAGGUGUGGGGAGGAAUUCCUUCUUUUCAGUCUAUUGGUGCAAGAAUACGAGCACAGGGAGUUGGAUUUUUUCACACAAAUUGACAACAUCUGCAAAGUAUCCAUGGCUUAUGCUGUAUCUGCGUGCAGAUGCAACAGAUGGAUUUAAUGGCGGCUAUCACUACAGUGGCAGUGGCAUUAUGAGAAAGUUGCCAGAGUCUCCAAAUUUCAAGGUGAAAUUGACCCUUAAUGUAAAACAAGGAGGAGGGCCCAACAGUCAAUUUUAUCUUCUUGAUAUUGGAAGCUGUUGGAAGAACAAUGGAGAUCCUUGUGAUGGUGAUGUUCUGACAGAUGUGACUAGAUACAGUGAGAUGAUAAUUAACCCAGCCACUACAAGCUGGUGCCGCCCGGAUAAUCUGGUUUCCUGCCCACCGUACCAUGUUAGUCAUACUGGUAAAGUGAUAUACAGAAAUGAGACAUCACGGUUUCCAUAUUCUGCUUAUCAUCUUUACUGCAGUCCAGGGAAUGCCAAAUAUCCAGAGGAGCCAUAUGAUGUCUGUGAUCCAUAUAGUAACCCUCAAGCACAGGAGUUGGUGCAAAUACUUCCACAUCCUGAAUGGGCUGUGCAUGGCUACCCUGAAAAGAAAGGAGAUGGAUGGAUUGGGGACUCCAGGACUUGGGAGCUUGAUGUGGGGUCCCUUUCUAGUCGUCUAUACUUUUAUCAGGACCCAGGAACAAAACCAGCAAAACGAGUGUGGUCUUCGAUUAAUGCCGGUACAGAAAUAUAUGUUAGCCAGGGAGGGGAGACUGCAGAAUGGACUGUAAGUGAUUUUGAUGUAUUGGUUCCACGAUACAAUAGUCAUGAUGUCAGUAUUCCUUACUAGUCUCUUCCCAGUAUAUUCUCUUUGAAGUGGAGAAGAGAAUAACAAAUAAGUCCAUCUGAUUGAGUUGUUUGUAUAUAAGGGAAAAAUAAAAGGGAAAGAAGUUUGAGGGGUGAAGGGUGAAGAAUGUAAAAAGUUGGGAUUGGAGGUUCCAUGUAAAUAUUACAAUUUCAUUUUUGAAAAUAAAAUAUAUGGGUGCUGUAUAUAAUCCUCUUC